CUGUUGAAAAAUAUUGAGGGCAUGAUAAAUAAGAUAAGUGUUCCAAUUCCUUCUUGUUCUGAUAUUCAAGAAAAACCAAAACUUAAAAGGAAGAGUAAUGACGAGCAAUACAGACAUAAUGCUAAAGUAAUGGCUAAAUUAGAAGAUGUUAGCACAUCUUUGUCUUCACAAGAUAUCGAUAGAGCACGAGUUUCAGUUAUAGAAGCAAAAGACCUUAUAAAACGGAGGCAGAAGUUAAUUCAACUGGCUGAUGGUUCUGAGCUGGGUUGGCGCCUCGUGGCGGAGUAUGAGUCGAAUCCAAUUGCGUCUGGCAGUGAAGACGAGAAGCGCAUUUACAAAGCGGAGGCCAGGGCGAAUAGGAAGGCUAAGGCGGAUAAGGUCAAGAAGGCGAGAAUAAGGAAUUUGCCUUAUCGUAGACGAGUCAACACGGGGGAACAGACGACUAGUCAGCCUCAGCGUUCUAUGGGUUCUACAGGACAGACUCAGCGUACAGGAGCAUGUUAUAACUGCGGGGAUUUUGGACACUGGAAGGCAGACUGUCAGCAAAACAGGCGUCCUAACAAUAAGUUAAGUGUUUCUAAUUGUCAUAUUUUUGUGAUGAAAAGUCGCAAGACUGUAUGAUUGACAAUGGACUUUCUGUCCAGAGAGAGGGUAUUAUGUUAGAUACCACGUUAAAUGUUGAUUCUUUAGAUUGUAGAGAAGCUAGUAACUUGAAGUCUGGUUGUCAUAGUAACGAUUAUCCAGCAAUUUUCGGUAAGAAUUAUAUUUGCAAUAAUGUUGAUCAAUGUGAAAUUUCUACUAUUGCUGAAAAGGAUAAAAAUCAUGUAAGUAUUAAUGGUUUAUCGCCAAAAGGGCGUCUUAAGGAAUCUUUAGAAUACUGGAGAAAAAUCACUUCAGAUAGUUAUUUACUUGACGUUGUAGAAAAUGGAUAUAGGCUACCCUUUAGAGAAACGCCCCUGGAUAUAUAUUUAAAAAAUAACAAGUCUUCAAGAGAAAAUCCAGAUUUUGUAGAAUCAGAAAUAAGCUCUUUAUUGAGCAAAUGUGUUGUCUCACAGGUUCAGAAUAA